UGUAGUCGGGUGAAGAAGGUAGGCAGCGCUGCGGGGUUAGUUGUUUCGCAGCCGCCGCUGGGCACGAGACGAGGGCAGGCGGCACGUUCUCGGUGGUGUACUGAGAUGCACUCUCUCCAACUUGCGCGUGGGAAAACGGAAAGCCCUGUUCGCUCUCCUUCGUCGUGCCAUUCCUUUCCAUCUUCAGAGGACCGUUGCUGGCGUCCAUUACAAUUCACUCCUCUACCAUCUCCCUUGGUGGACUUGGCUUUCUCUUUGGCUUCUCUUUGGCUUCUCUUUCUUUGUGUGAGAGCGAGGGAAGGAUCAACUUUCUGCCAACAUGAGCAGGUCAGGCCAGCCCCCGGAUCUGAAGAAGUACAUGGACAAGAAACUGAACAUCAAACUCAAUGCCAACCGGACAGUGGUUGGCGUCCUCAGGGGCUUUGAUCAGUUCAUGAAUCUUGUCGUUGACAGUACCAUAGAGGUUGUUGGCAAUGAGAGGAACGAGAUCGGUAUGGUGGUCAUACGCGGUAACAGUGUCGUGAUGAUCGAAGCUUUGGAGAAGAUUGGCUCGUAAUGUCAUCCUUCCAUCAUUGCUCCCCCUUUCCUUUCGUCUGCAAAACUAAUGGCGGCCUGCGGCGCUGAUCCAAGGCUGCGGGAGAACUCCCAUCACGAGCAGGAGGGAGUAAUGAUCUUUCUGAAGUCCGUGUGAGUGGGCAGCACGCCACCUGGCGGCGGAAUUGAAGUUUGUCAAAUGGGCUGCGGGUCGGCAGGGGGGAAGGGGAAUUGAUUGAUGGAUGGAGUGACAUGUUGGCCGAUCAGUUUUUUGCAUAUUUGGCGGGGGAUGGACUCUGCGGGUCAGAGGGGCUGUGAGGGGUCGGUUGAACUGAUUGAUGGAUUGAGUGAGGGGUUGGUUGGUCGGCUGAUGGGUUUUCCACUUUUGGCAAGGGAAGAGGACGUUGGAGGUUGGGGGAUGUUUGCCACCGUAGUAUCGCAGAGCGAAGUGGAGUGUGGAUCGAGGUAGGCAUCGACUGAGUGAUUGAUCGUCAUUGGCCUGAUUGAUUGAUUGAUUGAUUGCUUGGUUGAUUGCUUGGUUGAUUGCUUGGUUGAUUGCUUGGUUGAUUGGCUGGAUGCAAGACUUGGCAAAAGAACAAUCGGCUUAGGAGGGCGGCAUGUUGAUGGUGAGAAUGAUGGGCAAUUUUUGUUAUCGUCGUCGUGUCUUCUGUGGUGAGGGUUCUAGAAAUUGAACCAUUUUGUCGAGCUUAAUCAUUUUGUUGUUUUUGUCGUUACUAAUCUUCAGGGUCCUUUGCUUCAAAAGUUCUUCGGAAUUUUCAAUUCGUGUCGGAUCUCUUUGCCUCUGCUUUGCCUCUGCUUUGCCUCUGCUUUGCCUCUGCAUUCGCAGUGCCGAACACAUCUUGGUGAAAUAGAAGAGCUCACUUUGACGAGUACAAAUUACAGCAUAUUUUUCGUCGUAAAACAGGAGGAAAACAAAAUUCAUACAGUUUC